CCUUUUUUAGGUUCAAGAAUAUGCUAAGGAUAUUUAUAAGCUGAUCGGAACUUGUCACAGUAAUGUAAAAUCACUAAGCUCAUCUACUAAAGCCAACAACCGUUUGGAAAUUAUUUUGCUACAAAACGUCGAGAAAAACUUACUUAUGGCAUUGCAGCAUAUUACGGACAGAUUUCGACAAAAUCAAACAGCUUUUAUUGAUGAGCAAAAUAACAUGGAGCAAAAAUCGAAAAUAUUUUUUGACAACAUCUCCACGAACAUUGAAUCGAUUGGAAACAACGUGGAUACAUUCGACAAUUUUCUAAAUAUGGAUGUUCCGUCGUCGUCGUCGUCAAGAGGUGGAGCUUACAGCGCGAAUGAUGACGAUGAUAGGCUUGACGAAUACUUUCAACUUCCCGCUUCGGGGCUGUCUAUCAACCAGAAGCAGUUGAUGCUUAUAGAAGCUGACAACACAAAAAUGAUCCAGAGUCGAGAGCAGGAGGUUAACACAAUUGUGAACAAAAUAGUGGACUUGAAUACAAUUUUCAAAGAUCUGGCCCACCUAGUUCAGGAGCAAGGCACAAUUUUGGACAGAAUCGAUUACAACGUCGAGUCAACACAGACGAGAGUUUUUGAAGGGUAUAAGCAGUUGCAGACCGCAGAGAAAUAUCAACGCAAAAACAGAAAAAUUUACUGCAUUGUUCUUUUGGCUGGAAUGAUAAUGUUUAUGAUAAUAUUGAUUAUAUUUACAAAGUUUUAAUCUGGAUAACUAACAAAUAAAAAUAGUAUGUAUCAUUAAAA